UUGAACGAGUGUUCAAAAAUAAUUUCGUGAGGAGAGAUAGAGCUUAAGCUACCGGGUUAAAUAGAAGUGUGUUUUUCUUUAUUUAAGUUGCAUUACAACACACGACUUAACACGCGCACAAUUAUAUAAUUAACAAAGGUUUGGUUCAUUUUGAGGCGCGCGCAUACAGAGGUUACAUCUGUUUAAAGAGCUUAUGGGUUUCCAUGUGUGCAGCCAGUGACUUGACUGAACUCGCUGCGGGCUCCACCCUCCGUUACGUGUGCGGACGGCCGCCUUCAGCCGACGGGCAUCUCGACCACAAGAGGGGCGAGAAAAGAGGAGUUUACCCCGGCUGCUGUCUGCGGGAAUAAAGCCCGGCCGGAGCAACUUCGACAACUUUAAACGUGUCAACGGAAGCGUCCUUUUCACACGAGGACACUGUUUUACUGUUUUUUUUCCGACUUGGAUUAAGUUCUGCAUGGAAACAAAUGCUAUUUGAGGGAGAGAGAGAGGUGGGUGUCGGGUACGUGUGUUUCUCUGCUUCUUCUUUUAUGCACGCUUCUUAAAUACGAGCAUGUUUGCGUUGACAAAAGUGGCAACAGCAGCAAUAAAAUAGUCCCAAUUGUUGCUGCCGCUGCGUCAUCAAAAUCUCCAAACAUCUGGGAGUAUUAAAGACUUAAUCCCGGGUUGAGGAGGGGGGCAAAAAGAAAAAAACAUUGAAACAAGCGAAAAACGGCACGCAAAUAACAACUGUUGCACAAUUAUGGCGUUAAAGGCCAAAGUGCUGUACGACUUCAGCCCUGAAAACCCGGGUGAGAUCUCCGUAAGGGAGAACGAGCUGGUGACUCUGUUCAGCGAGGAGGAGCUGGAUGGCUGGCUGGAGGGGGAGAACAGCAGGGGGGAGGCUGGCCUCUUCCCGGCAUCCUAUGUGGAGAUCCUCAGGAAACCCAUCUCCCCCGCCGCCGCCGCCAACAACAACAACGGCCUGUCCUCGCCUCCCAAAAUCAAAGCCGUGACGCACGGCCACCCCACCUACGCGUCCCCCCCGGGCGCCCAGUCCCCGAGGGGAGUCGGGGCCGGCAGCGGCGGGAGCGGUGGAGGGAGCUUCCACACCAGCCAGGGCAGCGACGACGACUGGGACGACGACUGGGACGAAGGCUCUUCGGCGGCCGCCGCGUCCCAGGGUUACGGCAGGUCGCCCCCCUUGUACCCGGUGACCACCUCCUUGCCCGCGGGGCGGCGAGAGAGCGGCCAGCAGCAUCAUCAAGCCAAGGGCUCGGCGACCGUGGGGAGGAACCUCAACAGGUUCUCCACCUUCGUGAAGUCGGGCGGGGAGGCCUUCCUGCUGGGGGAGGCGUCCGCUUUCGUGAAGGACGGGGACAGGAUCUGCGUGGUGAUGGGGAAGCAGGGGCCGGAGUGGCAGGAGGACCCCUUCCCUUUCACCUGCACCAUUGACGACCCCACCAAGCAGACCAAGUUCAAGGGCAUGAAGAGCUACAUGUCGUACGGCUUGACCCCGACGCACACCAACGUGCAGGUGAACCGCAGGUACAAGCACUUUGACUGGCUGUACGCGCGGCUGGUGGAGCGUUUCCCCGUCAUCUCAGUCCCCCACCUGCCGGAGAAGCAGGCCACGGGCCGCUUCGAGGAGGACUUCAUCUCCAAGCGGAGGAAGGGGCUGAUCUGGUGGAUGAACCACAUGACCAGCCACCCGGUGCUGGCGCGCUGUGACGUCUUCCAGCAUUUCCUGACGUGCGGGGCGGACGAGAAGGCCUGGAAACAGGGCAAGAGGAAGGCCGAGCGGGAUGAGCUGGUGGGGUCCAAUUUCUUCCUGACGAUCAGCACUCCCGCCGUCCCGCUGGACCUCCAGGAAGUCGAGAGCAAGAUCGAAGGCUUCAAGACCUUCACCAAGAGGAUGGACGAGAACAUCGUGGUCGUGAACGCCACCAUUAACGAGUUUGCCCGCAAGCAGAUGACGGGGUUCAAGAAGGAGUACCAGAAGGUGGGACAGUCCUUCGGCCUCCUCGGGCAGGCGUUCGAGCUGGACCAGCAGGCCUACUCGGCGGGGCUGAACCGAGCCAUCGCCUACACCGGCGAGGCCUACGAGGCGGUGGGAGAGUACUUCGCCGAGCAGCCGCGCCACGACCUGGCGCCCAUUUCUGACCUGCUGGACCUCUACAAAGGACACCUGGCUAAUUUCCCCGACAUCGUCCACGUGCAGAAGGGCGCCCUGACAAAGGUCAGAGACUGUCCGAAGCAGGAGGGCGAGCUCCACGACCGCUGCAACAUCAUUUCCUGCGCCACGCUCGCGGAGAUCCAGCACUUCCACCGCACGCGCGUACGGGACUUCCGCUCCCAGAUGCAGCACCACCUGCGUCAGCAGAUCGUCUUCUUCCAGAAGAUCACUGCCAAACUGGAGGACGCGCUCCAGAAAUAUGACGAUGACCAGUAGGAAGAGAUGACGGAGAAGUGGGCGGAGCUUGAAGAGAAGUUCAGACCGAGAUAAUUGAGAUGUUUCGUCUCACAUUAACGGAGAACCUCUUUUGGUUUCUUGCCACAAGCAUUUUAAGAAUUAAAACCACUCUUUUUGAAAAUAAAUGUAGACCACUGUACUGUGGGAAGACAACUUCUUGGAUUAUCUUGGUGCCCUUGAUGAAUGUACCAGUAAGUGGGAUUUUGCUGACGCUCCAGGCACAUCUCCAGCGACGGAUAUUAAAAGCAGCUGCCUCUCAAUUCCCGGUUCCAGGGUCACGUGAUCUUUCCGACGACGCUAUUCUGCCUUCCUACUUUAUGGAAACCGUCUGUUUUCGAACCCGGUGACACAACAGAAACAACGGCACGAAACUCCCUGAAUAGAUUAAACGGGAUGUUUUAACGAUUGAAAAACAGGACCUUUCUGUUUUCUCUAUAUGGGUCUGUUUUUACUUGAAUGACCUGUUCAGUAUUGUUUUGUUGGGCCAUAACAUAAUGUUAGUGUUUGUUUGUGAAUAUGAAAAGGGGUCACACGUGCCUGCUUCUGAUGUCUAACAUCUGACACGACUCAGAUGCCGUCACAUCUUUGCUAUAUUAUGAUAUGAAUAUCUUUGUUAUUUUAGUUUAUGUCUUAAAACCAUAACUGAUCUUCGACUGAUUUUAAAACAAUUUCGGCACACUAUCUUCCUGUUCUAUUUAUUUGGGUUAGUUAUUAGAACCUCAACUCCAUAUUGUUGUUUUUUGCUUUCACCCGAAGAGGGAAGCUCAGAGGUCAGACUCAGGGUACUGAAACUUCAACUUGAUGGAUGCUUCUUGCCGUGAAAUCUUUGAAUCCAGAUCUUCCUGUUUAAAGCCACCGCGCGGAGGUUCUUCUGUGAUUCUAGUCUUUACUUUCAAAAAGAGUUUUAAGACAAUCCUGUUUUUGUUCCCAUUCCGUCUUUGUGGUACUACAACUUCAGGGACCUAACUUUAAUGGUUGCUCUUUCAAACGUGCUAACCUGUAAAACACAGCACACUGUUUGUUGUAGGUCCUGGAUCAAUCAAAGUAUGUUAUUUUGAGGAAAAGUUUAGUGGUGAAGACAAUCAAUAUACUCAUUAUAAAGUUUAUGCUUAGAAUAUUUCUUGUAAAACUUUACAUUCCUCUCCUGGGUUUUUACUUGGUUUAGAGUAGGAUUGUUAGAAGUGUUCUUCACAAGCACGUUAUUUUCUACAAUGAAGUCAAUACCUGAAACUGUUAAUGUAACACAUGGGAACAGUAUUUGAGUAUAAAAUGUUAAAUAUAUAUUUAUAGUUCCACUUGA